AUGCCCGUGGCGACGUUCCUCCUGCUGCUCUUCCGCAUGACUGUGGCGGGGAUCACGCUGCUGGAGCUCAAAAAUCUGGAUUUGGGAAAUACACUGGCGCGCUUCAUAAACGGGACGAUGAACACGACCACGAUGAGCUUCUACCUGAUACGCUGUUCUGUUGGUGCGAUGUCUCUGGUGACGAGGCGGCCGCGCUUCAACAAGCUCGGCUCGAUCGGGUGCGCGAAGUUCUGGGUGACGUGCCACUGCCUGCUGCUCGUCUCCCUGCUGUGGCUGCCUGCCACGCUGGCCAUGUCGACCGUCAGCUGGCUUUCAAUGACCUGCAUAUGCAUGGAGGCGCCCAGGCAGUUGUUGAACCCCCACUCGGUGGCCGUGGCGACGUUCCUCCUGAUGCUCUUCGGCAUAGCCGUGGCGGUGAUCACGCUGCUGGAGCUCUCCCUCACGGCCGAGGACGACGAUUUCCUGGACCCGGACUUCUUGGACCGCCUUGCUGAGGCCGAGGACGUGCUCCUCAACUCCGCUAUUGAUAUGCUCAACUACGACGAUAACUACAGCUACGACUCCUACACGCCCGACCGCCUGGACACCUUCUUCGAGGGCCUGAGAGGCUCGGCGCAGGCGCGGCCCUAG